CUACUUCGUUUGGCUGCAUUUUGGUUCUUCACUUUUGUUUAUUCAGUUUGUGUAUCAUUACUGGAUUGUGCUGCUUUUAAAUCACAAAGUUAAAUAGAAAAAAGAAACAAGUGCGGUUUGGUUGGACCGACACGUCGACAAAAGAUUUUCUUAAAGCGUUUUUUCGUAUCAAGCAACUCAAAUUAUUUAUUACCGUCAAAUAAACAAGAAGCACAAUUUGAACUAAAUCUCGGUGUUCAUAUUACACAAACAAACUCUAGUAACAGUUUGUAAAUUCGUCUCGAGGAGCAACAUCUCAAACAAAAUAAAAUAUGCGUUUGACAAAUUUUCGGAGCGGAAGAAUAAUCCGAUUGAUUCUUUGCGCUCUGACCAUCCUGCCGCUGAUCUACAUCCUCGCAACAUGGUCCGAUGGUCACAAGAAGGUCCGGGAGGUCUACAACUCGGCCAAGCAGUCGGCGCUUCGAAAAACUGGUGAAGUACCAGUCCUAGUCACAGGCUUGGGCAACUUUGAGCCACGUGAUCUUCCCAAACGAACUGGACCAGGUGAAGAUGGCGAAGCUUACAUUCUUCCCCCGGAGAAAAAGAACCUAGCCGAAGACUCAGAAAUGGAAUAUGGAAUGAAUAUUGCAUGUUCCAACGAAAUAUCUAUGCAUCGUUCAGUUCGCGAUACUCGUUUGGAAGAAUGCAUGCACUGGGAUUAUCCAUAUGACUUGCCAAAAACAUCCGUAAUCAUUGUAUUCCAUAACGAAGGUUUCUCCGUUCUAAUGCGAACCGUCCAUUCGGUCAUUGAUCGUUCACCAAAACACAUUCUCCAUGAAAUCGUAUUGGUUGAUGACUUUUCCGAUAAAGCUGAUUUAAAAGACAAACUUGACACUUACUUAGAACAAUUCAACGGACUUGUUCGGUUAAUAAGAAACCCCGAGAGAGAAGGUCUGAUUCGAACGAGAUCUAGAGGUGCUAAAGAGGCAACUGGAGAGGUUAUUGUUUUCCUCGAUGCUCAUUGUGAAGUGAACUUAAAUUGGUUGCCACCACUUCUGGCUCCUAUCUAUCGUGAUCGAACUGUAAUGACUGUGCCAAUUAUCGACGGAAUCGACCACAAAACCUUUGAAUACCGUCCUGUUUAUGGCAAUGGUCAUCAUUAUCGUGGGAUUUUCGAAUGGGGUAUGUUGUACAAGGAAAACGAAGUGCCCAAAAAGGAGAAAAAACGACGAGCACACAACAGUGAACCCUACCGCUCGCCAACACACGCUGGUGGACUGUUUGCCAUCAACCGUGAAUACUUCUUGGAGCUGGGUGCCUAUGACCCUGGCCUGCUUGUUUGGGGUGGGGAGAAUUUCGAAUUGAGUUUCAAAAUCUGGCAAUGCGGCGGUAGUAUUGAAUGGGUACCCUGUUCUAAAGUUGGACAUGUCUACCGUGGUUUUAUGCCGUAUAACUUUGGAAAACUGGGACAGCAAAAGAAGGGACCACUCAUUACAAUUAACUAUAAGCGAGUUAUUGAGACAUGGUUUGACGAUACACAUAAAGAAUAUUUCUACACGAGAGAACCACUUGCCAGGUUCUUGGAUAUGGGAGACAUCAGUGACCAAUUGGCUUUGAAGGAUCGUCUUAAGUGCAAGAGUUUCCAAUGGUUUAUGGAUAAUGUAGCGUAUGAUGUGUACGACAAGUUCCCAGCUCUUCCUGCCAACUUACACUGGGGUGAACUACGUUCAAUAGCCACAGAUAACUGCCUAGAUUCAAUGGGUCAGCAGCCACCAGCCAUCAUGGGCUUGCAGCACUGUCACGGAGCUGGCAACAACCAGCUAAUACGACUGAACGCCGCAGGCCAACUUGGUGUGGGUGAACGUUGUGUGGAAGCCGAUAGACAAGGAGUGAAGUUAGCAGUUUGCAGAUUGGGAACUGUCGAUGGCCCAUGGCAGUACAAUGAAGAAACACGACACCUCCUGCACAGGGUGAAUAAAAAAUGCAUGGCAUUGCAUCCGCAGACAUCACAAUUAAUGCUCAGUCAUUGCGAUGUCAAUGACGGUUAUCAACAAUGGCGGUUUAAACCCAUCAAGCCAAGAUGGUAAAAAAUUACUAAGUAUUUAGAUUUAUUAUCGAAGAAAUGAUUUUUUAUUAAAAAAAAAAGAAAAACAAAAACGUCCUAAAAUUAUAUAAAAAUAAUUUAAACAAAAAGCAAUGCACUUUCUCUUGGAAAAAUUAUUUUGUUUAAAACGCUCGAAGGUUCUUCAAUAUUCUUAAAUAUUUUAUAUUUUAAUUUUUGUUAUUAGUUUGUAAGUAAGGUAUUUAAUAUAAUUAAUGAUUAUAUUUCGCUCUUAAAUUUAACAAGAAAAAUAACUUUAAAUGAAAAACAAAACAAAAAAACUUUUUUAUGUGAUAAAAUCAUUCAUGUUGUUCUUUAAAAGUUAAAAAAAAUUAAAUUACGACGAUUCCGAUAAUGUUGGGGUUUAUUUUUAUUGAAAAGAAUGCGAAUGAUAUAUAAUCGUAAAGAAGUAAAAUUAAAUGAAAUUAUCUGAGAUUUCCAGAACCUUUUAAGAUUCAAUCAUCAAUUUGACGAAAGGUGAAUUUGAGGCUUUUUAAUUUACUUUAGGUCGUUUCAGGAGUUGUUUUCUUAGUUUAAGGAAGUAUUUUUUGACAAGCAGAUAUUCCUACAUAUUUAAAGGAGUCAAACAAAUGUUCAUGUACCAAUGAAAAGCCUUCAUCACAGCUUAAUCUUGUCAAGUCCUUGAUGAAAACAACAAAUACUGCAUUUCAUUUGAAAUCGUCCAAUAUUUAUAAGGAUAUUACCGAAAAAUAUGUUGUAGCUAACUGUUACCGAUGACCAAAUCCUGCCAUUUUCUUAGUAAGCUUUAAUCAUACUCCAAGUUAUUAUCGUCGUUGGUUUAUAGACUGCCCAAAAAAGGAUUAUUUCUAAUCGAUUCAUUCGAAUAAGUGACAAAUGGGUAAAGUUUAGAAAAAUGUAUUGAAAAGUCUUCAUUUCACCACUUCACAAUCUUACUGCCACAGGACGGAAGCGAUGGUUGACUACUCGUGGGUCAAAAGCCUUUAUUUUUUGUUUUUAAAUGUGUGUCCUUAAAUGCGGCAUCAUACUAAGGUUUUUUUGGGACAGCAUAUCUAUAGGCAGAGACCCACCUAAUCUUAAUGAAGGCUACUUUUUUAGCAUUACUUAAUGGUUUCAUUUUUGACUGAAUAACUAACUUUUUUUAAACUAUGCCUAAUGUCAUCGGAAUCUUAAUUAAAAUAUAUUAUAAUAAUAUUAUUUAGUUGUAAGAAAAGUAUUCAGAAAAGCAAUAAAAUCUGCAAAAUUAGUUAAAAUGGUUAAAAUAACAAAAAUAAAACAGAAAACUUAACUUUAGUUGUGUAUGUACAAUUGAUUAGUUUUAAUUUAUAAUCAAUUUUAAGCUGUUAUAUAUAUAUACAUAUAUAUAUAUAUCUAUAUCUACCCAUCACACAAUUUUUUAUUUUAAAGAUGCAAUAUUCUCAACUGCGAAUAUAAAGACAAUCAUAAAACAGUGAAUAAAUAAUAAUAAUAUAUAAAACAAAACAAAUGAUCGUAUUUCUUUUUCAAUUUAAAAAACAAUACCUACACAUGUAUGUAUAUUAUAUAAUUAUAGACUUGUGUAGGUGUACAUCAAAUUUUCCAUUUUUUGAAGUCAUUUAGGGUUGGAUAUUAAUUUAUUUAAAACACAAUAAUCUCUCAAAAAAAACUAACUAAAUAAAACAAAAAUAGUAAAUUUUAAAUUAACUUACGUUUUUGUUUGGUCUUUAAUAAAAUAUUUAUUAAACUGAAAUGGGAAUUAUUAUUAAACGUUUAUAGUGUUAGACGAUCUUUUAUUUUUUACAAAUAUUUUACAUUUUAUUUUGGUAUCUGAACUUUUACCGAGAAAACGAUUGAAAUUCGAUAGAAUUGAGGUAUCAACUUUAUUUUAACAACUGAAUUCUUCUAAUUUUGAGACUAAAAUACUGAUAUGAGUGAUAAUUUCAAAGACAGAAGAUUUAAAAAGUCAUUUCAAUCAAACUUAAAUGAUAUAUUCACAUUAGUUUAAGGUAUCGAUGUAGUUUGUGAAUUUCUUUAAGGGAUUUUAGGCUUGGCGACCCAAGACAUCAAAAAUGGUGCAAGAGAUGAAAAGAAACACAACACUGUGGACCUUAGUGCAACAUUAAAACAUUUGAACAAGCUUUAUUUGAGGUUUAGUUGUUGGGGCAUCUAAUAAAGCCUUAUCUUCUCUCCAUCUCUCUCUCUAUUUAGUGUUUGACCUCAAGUUGAGGAAUUUUGGACUAACUUUCUCAAUUUUUUGAUAAUGAAUCACUUUCAGUUUUUUUUUUAAAUUCUUUUAAAACCUUAAUUUUGUACAAAACAUACAUUUUCUUUGCUCAAAUUAUAACAAUAUAAUUUUUCAUUUACUAGUUUAUGGAUGAAUUUGUGGAUACAUUAUUUUAAAUUUAACAUCAAGAUUAUUAUCAAUAUCAUAAACACCAAUUGAGUAAUUGUAUUUAAUUCAUUCAACUGUGCCUUUCUCUAAUUAUAUAUUAUUUUAAAACAAAA